AAAUGUUGAAAACUUUAAAUAUAGGACGUAAUAUGAAGAAGUGGGUGGUUAAACAAAAUCAAUGUUUUGCUAAAUCCGCAUCAACUAAGCCAAUUACCUAUGAGCAAACUAUUUAUAAUAUGCCUGAAACAAAGAUAUCUACUUUAAAAAAUGGUAUGAAAAUUGCUUCCGAAGAUUCUGGUCUACAAACGUGCACAGUUGGUGUUUGGAUUGAUGCUGGUAGCAGAUAUGAAAGUGAAGAAAAUAAUGGUACAGCACAUUUUUUAGAACACAUGGCAUUUAAAGGGACUAGUAAGAGAUCUCAGGUUGAUUUAGAAUUAGAAGUUGAAAAUAUGGGUGCUCAUUUAAAUGCUUACACAUCUCGAGAACAAACUGUAUACUAUGCAAAAUGUCUCUCAAAGGACAUAAACAAAGCAAUGGAUAUAUUAUCGGACAUUUUAUUGAACAGCAAGUUUGGUGAAGCUGAAAUUGAAAGAGAAAGAGGUGUCAUACUUAGAGAAAUGCAGGAAGUCGAAACAAAUUUACAAGAGGUUAUAUUUGACCAUCUACAUUCUUGUGCCUAUCAAGGAACUCCUUUAGGGAGAACAAUUUUAGGACCAACUGAAAAUAUAAGAACAAUAAACAGAAACCAUUUGGUCAAUUACAUUAAGGAUCAUUACAAAUCCACUAGAAUGGUAAUCGCUGCAGCUGGAGGUAUCAAUCAUGAUCAACUAGUGGAGAUUUCGGACAAAUAUUUUGGCCAAGUCACUAACAAAUAUAUUGAUUCUGAAAUUCCAUUGAUAAAACCUUGCAGAUACACUGGUAGUGAAGUUAGGGUAAGAGACGAUGACAUGCCUUUGGCUCACGUGGCUUUAGCUGUGGAAGGAGUUGGGUGGGAGGAUGCCGACAAUAUUCCGCUAAUGGUGGCCAACACUAUGGUUGGCAUGUGGGACAGAUCCUUCGGGGCCGGCCCCAACACCGGAAGCAAGCUCGCCUCCAUCGCGGCUCAAAGCGAUAAGGUGGUUCACUCCUUCCAAUCCUUCAACACCUGCUACAAAGACACGGGAUUGUGGGGCAUAUACUUUAUCUGCGACAAGCACGCCAUAGAUGACAUGGUGUUCAAUGUGCAGAACGAAUGGAUGAGGCUAUGUACGAGCGUUACCGAUUUCGAGGUUGAAAGAGCGAAGAAUUUAUUGAAAACUAACAUGCUACUCCAGCUAGAUGGAUCCACUCCCAUUUGCGAAGAUGUCGGAAGGCACAUGUUGUGUUACGGACGUCGAAUACCUUUCCACGAGCUGGAAGCCAGAAUUAAUGAAGUAGACGCGGACACGCUUAGACAGACCUGCAUGGAUUAUAUAUACGACAAGUGCCCAGUUGUCGCCGCCAUCGGUCCGAUAGAAAAUUUGUUGGAUUACAACAGAAUCCGAAGCGGGAUGUACUGGCUGAGAAUAUAAUCGCGCUAUAAACUACCAAUAUGAUCGAUCAUUCAUGUUUCCCACUAUAUUAUUUAUUUUUAUUGCAAGAAAAUUAAUACAUUUUUUAUAAAAAAAAAAUAUGGAAAUAUUGUUGCCAAAACUAAAAAAAAAUGUUAGUUCAAUAUUUAUGACUUGUCUUAACAAAUUAAACGUUUGCACAUUUUUAUAAUAAAAAGGCGU